AUGAAGUGGGUGCGUCAAUUCAGAAUCGACGAGAAAGGAGCUGUUGUUUCUCGUGGAGACUCUUUCAGACGAAAACGAAACGAAGCCAGCCUUAAAAAUGACAAAUCCCCAUCACCGUAUCCGAUCUCUGGAUCGGAUUCGGCUCGAGGGUCUCGUAGUGAGAGCGUGUCGUCGAGUGAGGAUUCACGACGAGAAAUUGCUGCCACUGCCAACGUCAACGCUGUUUUAACAGAUCCGUCUACCAGUCACAAGGCUUACAAGAUAAGCGUAGUUGGCGACACAGGCACCGGAAAGUCGUCGCUCAUUGGUCAACUGAUUACCUCGGAGUACAAGAAUGCAUUCGCCGACGAAAUUCGUAAGAAGAGCUUCCACAAUUUCGUGUUCGUGAAAACCCAUCGAGAAUGUGACUAUUCGAUUUCAGAAGACUACGAAAAUACCGUAUCAAUUUGCAUUGGUGGCCAGGAAUUGGAUUUGAUAUUCUUCGAGAACGAUAUGUCCGACCCGACUUGGAUCUCCGAAGAAGUGGAUGCAUUCGUUGUAGUCUAUAGUAUUGAUUCGCGAAGAAGUUGGAAACAAGCAACGACAGCGAUUGAGCUGAUCUAUUUAGAAGUCCGAGCAGCAGCCGCUCACUUCGGCUUUGAAAAUCUCGAGAUUUCUGUCGCAUUGGAUCACGACGUCGAUGAUCUUCUGGUUAGCCUCGUGGCUGAAUUGAAGGAAGCCUACACUCCUGCCGAUUCUGACGAAAAGCCAUCUCCACGUAUAGACGAUGACUUCCACGCGGCAAUUCGCCGUUAUUCACAGAGGAAGAAAAAAGCCCUACCUGAGGAUAUCAACACAGGAAAAUGCUCCGUUCUUUCACCAGCCUGCCUCUUCAACAAAUUCAAAAACUGGAAGAAAGGAGCCACGCCACGACUACAGACAUAG